AUGGAUGAGGUAGAGUAUGAUGUUAUGAAAGCCCGUCAGAAGAAGGGUGUGAGGGUGAAGUCGUACCGCAUAAGGCCUGAUGGGACGCAGGAGAGGACCAAGAUUCCUUUAGCCCAGUCAGAGGCAUUCUUAACAGAAGUUUUGGAGACCGUAUGUGAGAGAAUGAAUGACUACAAAUUGGAAGAUGAUUCUGACGACAGGCCAAAGACAUUCAAACGAUUUGCUCCGAGGAAAGGAGACAAAAUGUACAAAGAAUUUAAACGAUUCUUUUUUUACUCCGAUGCUUACUGGCCUUUGAGAUUUGCGUGUGAAAUGAUAAUAGAAGAAUAUGAAGAUGAAAUAUUUUCACUUAUCGCCCAGGAGGCAGACCAUCUAGCUGACAAGUUGUGCACUGAAAAAUCAGAUCUUUGUGAUGCUCCUUCUACUGGUCACACUGAGCUUUAAGAUGACCAAGCUACUAGUUAUAAAGAGAAGUAAGGUGACAAUCUCUCCCCUCCCCCAAAAGGUCAAUGCCUAUGUUCUCUGUUGCUUCCUGCCUUUCAUCACCAUAAUCAGUACUCAUGUCUCUGCUUUAAGUGUGUGCUAAGUUCUUUGGUGGUUAAA